AUGAUCAUAGAGAUUAGUAGCCAGAUAGAGACUCUAGACCCCCUUGUAGUAGUAGACCGUGUCCACUGUCAACAGCAGCCCGCCUUUCUCUCACCCCUCCGCUUCCGUAUACGAACCACCCAUACCGUUCCCCUGCGGUCACGGCUGUCAAGUCGCGUCCAAAUGCUAAGACGCCGUCCAGAGCGCUCCAUACCCGUCACAUCGCUCACCCCCCCGCUAACUCCGCGCCACAAUGAGACGCUGCAGCAAGCCGCCAUUAUAGCCUACCAGAGAGCCCGUGCCCCCUCUGUGCGCCCGCUCCGCCCUCGCCGUCAAACCGAGAAGAGACGCGCACCGCCCCGAAUAUCCCCGCCACACGCGGCAGAGAGUAGACGCUCCAACCCUACGCGCGUGACCCGGCCCCCCCUCAAAUCCCAGAGAUCCCCGGCGCGGACCGCGCGCCUAUGA